ACCAACCGCCACAAAACCGCACCAGAGAAGAAGAAACGAAGACGCGGCUAGUGAGCUAGCCUAGCUGCAGGCGUUAUUUAGCGAAAUAUGGCUGCUGUGCUCCCCGUCAGACCGCCCUGCGACAGCAACCCAGCUACUCCCGGAGCACAAUCUAUUAAGGAAGAUGUAAUAGAAGAGGAGUCCAAUGAUGGCAGCCAGCCUCCUAAGAGAAGGAGGAUGGGUUCAGGCGACAGCUCCCGAAGCUGUGACACCUCCAGUCAAGAGCUUGGUCUGACAUAUUUCCCAGCAGAAAACCUGACAGAGUACAAGUGGCCGCCAGAUGACACAGGAGAGUAUUACAUGCUGCAGGAACAGGUCAGCGAGUAUCUGGGAGUUACAUCAUUCAAGAGGAAGUAUCCUGAUAUGGAAAGGAGAGACUUGUCCCACAAGGAGAAGCUCUACCUUCGUGAACAGAACGUCAUCACUGAAACACAGUGCACUUUGGGUCUGACAGCUCUGCGGAGUGAUGAGGUGAUAGAUCUGAUGAUAAAGGAGUAUCCCACCAAACACUCAGAGUAUUCAGUCAUACUGCAGGAGAGGGAGCGGCAGAGAAUAGCAAAAGAGUACUCUCAAAUGCAGCAGCAGAACCCUCAGAAGGUGGAAGCCAGCAAGGUUCCUGAGUACAUAAAGAAGGCAGCGAAAAAAGCUGCAGAGUUCAACAGUAAUUUCAACAGGGAGCGUAUGGAAGAGAGGAGAGCCUACUUUGACCUCCAGACUCAUAUUAUCCAGGUGCCCCAGGGCCGGUUCAAGGUGCUGGCUCCAGAACUAACCAGAACAGGGCCCUACCCUGUAGCUCUCAUACCAGGACAGUUCCAAGACUACUACAAAAGGUAUUCUCCUAAUGAGCUGCGAUACCUGCCGCUGAACACAGCUCUGUUUGAGCCUCCACUGGACCCAGAGCUUCCUGCGCUGGACUCAGAACCUGACUCAGACGAUGCUGAGGAUGGCAAAGAUGACAAGAAGAACAAGAACUCAUCUGACAGUUCUUCAGGCAACACAUCAGACGUGGAGAGUCAGGAGGGCGGAGGCGGACAGGGCCACAAGUCCAAGGCCAAAGACAGAACAUCAACUCCGGGCAAAGACGGCAACCAGCGCCAUUCUGCCUCCCACAAAGCCACCCCAGGGUACAAGCCUAAGGUCAUUCCCAAUGCUAUAUGUGGCAUUUGCCAGAAGGGUAAAGAGGCCAACAAGAGAGGCAAACCAGAGGCUCUCAUUCACUGCUCGCAAUGUGAUAACAGCGGUCACCCGUCCUGCUUGGACAUGAGCGAGGAGCUGGUUUCUGUGAUCCAGACGUACCGUUGGCAGUGUAUGGAGUGUAAGACGUGCACCGUGUGCCAGCAGCCUCACCACGAGGACGAGAUGAUGUUCUGUGACAAGUGUGAUCGAGGUUAUCACACAUUCUGCGUGGGCAUGGACUCCAUACCUACAGGUCUUUGGGUAUGUGAGGUUUGCGACAAAGAUUUCACCACACCCAAGAAGAAAGGAGGAGCCAAAACACCUAAGAAGUCCAAGUCUGCUCAAAAAUGACCCGCAAAUUACGUUGAUCAUAGUACCUUGACCAAAUGCUGCACACGUCAGUCAUUCAACCAGCCGCAGAAGCUGUAACUCUUUAAAACAUCAGAUAAUUGUUUAUCCCAAAAGCUGUGCUGCAGAAUGAUAAUCAUAAAAGCCUAGUUUAUGAUCCAGAAUAAAUAUAUAACUAAACAAAAACCCUCUAGUGUUGCCUUCUAUCAAAUGUCAACAAUCCAAACAAGAUCUUAACUUGUUGCUCUCUAUUGAUUAGCAAACAACACAACAAACAUAUUAAUCAUUCCUGUGAACGCUGUGAUGACAUCAGGAAAGCGUAGGUAGAAUUGAAAUCAUAAUCAAUUCCCAUCUGUAAGCCAAACGUUUAGUUUAUCUAUGUGAUUGCAUAUCAGAUGUUCAUCCAGAUCAGGCAUUAACGACCAGAGUGGCUCUGUUACAAAGUGAUGGUCUGAUCUCCAGACAAAUAAAUGGCAUCAAAUCCAUCCAAAUGUACCACACUAAAUACUUCAACCAUUAACUGUAUCACAAUAUUCUUACCAGUGACUGGGGUUGUUUCUGUCUGGGUGUGUUUCUGCAGUGGCAAACUGCUGGGAAAUUUUUUCAGAUGAACAAAUGGUGCUUUUCUGUACUACUGAAACAAGCGGUUCACAAGAGCUCACUGACUUCAUUCAGUUUCUUUUUAAAUGAUGUUUUUGUAUGUUUUGUAUCUUAUUACUUACAGUUUGUAUUUUUUUAAUAAGUUUUUAUUUAACGAGGCAGGCCAGUAAAGAUCAAUCUUAUUUAAGUGUCAUCUGAAAUAGUGACAUGGUGCUUCUGAUCCUGUGUAAUGAAAUGUAAUAGACACUGGCUAUGUUGACCUCAUGGCUGCAGGAGUGAGUCUUGAUUAUCAAAACAAAGUGUCUCAGUCCUUUGUUGUUAUUUUUGUACAAAAAUGUAACCACUUGUAAUUACUUUGAAUUGUAAUUACACUGCAAUUCGCGUCACUCAACCUGAUGAUUAAUUAAUGUUUUUGCAAUUACGGUAGCUUAAAAUAUGUUUUGUCCUUUUUUUUAAGAUCAUUUUUGUUUAUUUUGAAUUGUCCUGCAAUAAGCAGGCUAUUAAAGGAAUAUUUGUUGUUAAUAAUGUCAUGGUCACUGAUAUCUGAAGUACAUUUUCAAUAAAACCUGCUUAAAAAGA